AUGAGUUUCUCAGCAGAUAGUCUUCAUGGAAGUCCUUUUUCUCCCUUUGUCUCCUGAGAAAACAUGUAAUCACCUUUGGGAGUGUCUGCACAGACUUCAUGAAGAAUACAGUGCAAUGCUAAUUGACUCGGUAUAUUCUCUUAUCAAUGUGAUUUAAAAACAAAAUCCUGCAGAGUUACAGAAGUCAAUUCAUCUUGAGCCUCUCCAGUCACUGGCUUCAGAGAUUACUGCGGAAAUACCAUGUCUAAGAACACAGAGAUUAUCAAUCUAUCAUUUUUAUUGGAGCAUGAGAAGGAAAUGAUCCUGGGAGUCUUAAAGAGAGAUGAAUACUUGAAGAAAGUUGAAGAUAAGAGAAUAAGGAAGUUGAAAAAUGAGCUUUUAGAAGCAAAACGGAAAGGUGGGAAGAGGCAGCAAGAUGGCAGCAGGAUCUGUGUUCGAUGUCAGAAAAAUCUGGGCUUGAUUUUUGACCGGGGGAACCUAUGCCAAGCAUGUAUGCUCCGAGUUUGCAGUGAGUGUCGGAUUGUGGGCAUUGAUGGCAAUUGGAAAUGCACAGUCUGUGCCAAGAUUGCGCACCUAAGGAUCGUAACAGGUGAAUGGUUUUUUGAAGAACGGGCAAAGCGCUUCAAACAAGCCAACAUUCUAGGAACAGAUGUUGUCAGACAGUCCAUUCUAAGAAGGAGUCCAGCUGAAGGACGACAAAACCAAGAGCAAACCCUCCAGGAUUCUCAGAAGUCAGAUGCUACAGGGCAGAAGCCGGUGCUGGAUGGACCCAAGAAGAAGGGGUUUCUUCUUAGCAAGUUCAGAUCAGCGACCCGAGGAGAAAUCAUAACUCUGAAAACUGAGAGUGGAAGGAGCUACAGCUUGGACCUGAACUCCUCUCACUUUCAUAACCCAAAAUCAUCAUCAUCUGGUUCUGAAAGGGGAAAUGUCUCACCAGAUCUCAGUGAACAGGAGGCUAAUCCUGGGAGCCUGAAAGGGAACCACAGCAAUGGCACCCUGCCUCGGACGCAGAGGUCACCCGCUCCAAGUACCCGCAGCAUGAGUUCAGCUGGCAGCAGAGAUCAUGGUUUAGAAAAUGCCAUGGUCUUGGCUCCCAGUGAAAGUGUCCCUGAAAGUUUAACAAAGAGGCAUCAGAGGAGGGCUUCAGGAACUCCUUCUAUAGCUGUCUCUGGGGUCUCUCUGUCUUCAGACAGGAGUCGUUCUGAGUUAGAUUUAAGUGGGUCAUUUUCAGAAGAAAUAGAGGAUACAGUCAGCAUAAGAAGCAAAUCUGUGCCUGGAGCUUUGGACAAGGACUUGGACUUCUUGGAUGAAACCGAGGAAGACGUUGAUGAUUUACUCUCCUCCCGAUUGUCCCCAAAUGUCAACGGUUUAGCAAGUGGAUUAUCAACUAACUCUCAAGGAGGCUCUGAUAAGAAAUGGACCUACUUAAAUGUUCCUGAUGUGGAUUCUGAUACUACCAGCCUUAACAGCAUGAUGAGUGUUUAUAGUGAAACAGGGGACUAUGGCAACGUGAAGGUCAGCGGCGAAAUCCUUCUGCACAUCAGCUACUGCUACAAAACCGGCGGGCUCCACAUUUUUGUAAAGAAUUGCAGAAAUCUAGCCAUAGCAGAUGAAAAGAAACAGAGAACAGAUGCCUAUGUGAAGUCAUACCUUCUUCCUGACAAAUCUCGAAACAGUAAACGCAAGACCAAAAUCAGAACAGGCACUAAUCCAGAAUUCAAUGAAAUUCUAAAGUACACCAUUAGCCACUCUCAACUGGAAACAAGAACCCUUCAGCUCUCUGUCUGGCAUUAUGACCGAUUUGGGCGGAACAGCUUCCUUGGAGAAGUGGAAAUUCCUUUUGAUUCAUGGAACUUUGAAAAUCCAAGUGAUGAGUGGUUUGUGCUCCAGCCGAAGGUGGAGUUUGCCCCAGAUAUUGGUCUUCAGUACAAAGGAGAGCUGACUGUGGUCUUACGCUACAUUCCCCCUGAGAAUAACCUAAUGCCCCCACUUGAACAGCUUCAAGGAAAGAAGUCCUUUAAAAAGGGAAAGAAGAAAGAGCCUUCUCUGGUCUCUGGGGGGCAAUUAGAAGUGUUGAUCAAAGAAGCCAAAAAUUUGACAGCCGUGAAGUCAGGAGGCACUUCAGACACUUUUGUGAAAGGAUACCUGCUUCCAGAUACCACCAAAGCCACCAAGCACAAAACUCCUGUAAUCAAAAAGAAUGUUAACCCCCAGUGGAAUCAUACUUUCCUGUUCAGUGGCCUGGAUCCCCAGGAUAUAAAGAAUGUUUGCCUAGAAUUGACAGUCUGGGACAAAGAGGCUCUCUCCAGUAACAUAUUUCUUGGAGGUGUUCGACUGAACUCUGGCAGUGGUAUGAGUCAUGGGAAGGAGGUGAAUUGGAUGGAUUCUCAGGGUGAAGAACAGCACCUCUGGCAGAAGAUGGCAAACAGCCCUGGGGAGUCUGUUGAGGGAAUAUUAAUGCUGAGAUCUAGCAUGGGAAAACGUAGACUCUAAGAGGCAAUCGAUUCUGCCCAAGGAUGAGUCUCCAGCUGCCAGCCUGGCACCUCUGGUCUCAUAGUCUCCUAAAAAUAGCACGCCUGACUCCAGCAAUUCUGCUUCAUGGACAUUUUGCACUUACGGAUGUUGGGAGAGACAGGGAAAGACUUCCAUAUCCUGAAUGUUUGGGUGUUUUUGUUGUGUGACUCACACAGCCCAUAUAGCUAAAUGUCCCCAAGCCAGCAUCCUUUUCAUGAUCCUGUUGUCUGAACAUUAAGUGCCCUCUUUUCAUCCUGUAUUGUUGAAGAGCAAUUCAUCCUUGGACUUUACACACUGGGAGAUUCAAGGGAAAUGACAUAAGGUCAUAUGAAACUAGGGUAUAGCUAGCAGGUCCCCUAAUCUUGAUUUCCCCCAAGUCUGAGGAUUGCCUGAAGGUAGAAAGGU